CUCUCACCCCGCGCGGCGGAUCACCCUGCGGGCUCGGCGGAGGGUAGUCGCCGCGGCGGGCUCGGGCUGUCGGCGGGCUUCCGCGCAGGGCGGCCGGGCUCCGCGCUGCCGCCGCCGUGGCCCAUGGGCAGAAUCGUCUCGGAAGUCCGGCUUUAAUUUAAAAAGAAGAUGUCCCUAUAUGAUGAUCUGGGAGUGGAGACCAGUGACUCAAAAACUGAAGGCUGGUCUAAAAACUUCAAACUUCUGCAGUCCCAGCUUCAGGUGAAGAAGGCAGCUCUUACUCAAGCAAAGAGCCAACGGACAAAACAAAGUACAGUCCUCGCCCCAGUCAUCGACCUGAAGCGAGGAGGCUCCUCAGAUGACCGGCAGAUUGUAGACACACCACCUCAUGUAGCAGCUGGGCUGAAGGACCCAGUGCCCAGUGGGUUUUCUGCUGGGGAAGUUCUGAUUCCCUUAGCUGAUGAAUACGAUCCUAUGUUUCCUAAUGAUUAUGAGAAAGUAGUGAAGCGUCAGAGAGAAGAGCGACAGAGGCAGCGGGAGCUGGAAAGACAGAAGGAAAUAGAAGAAAGAGAAAAGAGGCGUAAAGACAGGCAUGAAGCCAGUGGGUUUUCAAGACGACCAGACCCAGAUUCUGAUGAAGAUGAAGAUUAUGAGCGAGAGCGGAGAAAAAGAAGUAUGGGAGGAGCUGCCAUCGCCCCACCUACUUCUCUUGUAGAGAAAGACAAGGAGUUACCCCGAGAUUUUCCUUAUGAAGAGGAUUCAAGACCUCGAUCACAGUCUUCCAAAGCUGCUAUUCCUCCCCCAGUGUAUGAGGAGCCGGAUAGACCAAGAUCUCCAACGGGCCCCAGCAACUCCUUCCUUGCUAACAUGGGUGGCACAGUGGCUCAUAAAAUCAUGCAGAAGUAUGGCUUCCGGGAAGGACAGGGACUGGGGAAGCAUGAGCAAGGGCUGAGUACUGCAUUGUCAGUAGAGAAGACCAGCAAGCGGGGCGGCAAAAUCAUUGUGGGUGACGCAACGGAGAAGGGCGAGUCUCAGGAUGCAUCCAAGAAGUCGGAUUCAAAUCCAUUAACUGAAAUACUUAAGUGCCCUACUAAAGUGGUCCUGCUGAGGAACAUGGUGGGUGCAGGAGAGGUCGAUGAAGACUUGGAAGUUGAAACCAAGGAAGAAUGUGAAAAAUAUGGCAAAGUUGGAAAGUGUGUGAUAUUUGAGAUUCCUGGUGCCCCUGAUGAUGAAGCAGUACGGAUAUUUUUAGAAUUUGAGAGAGUUGAAUCAGCAAUUAAAGCUGUUGUUGAUCUGAACGGGCGGUAUUUUGGUGGACGGGUGGUUAAAGCAUGUUUCUACAAUUUGGAUAAAUUCAGGGUCCUGGAUCUGGCAGAACAAGUUUGAUUGUAACCUAAAGUCACCUCCAUGAUCCUUACAUGAGCUGCAGACUGAGCAAGGAAAUAGAGAUCAGCCUCCAUGGCUGUUGGACACUGAGACUCUUGGAUGGACUUCUGAGAUAUAUGUUGACGGAUCCCUUUUUUAUUUUGUGUUUUUUUUUUAAUAUAGUAUAAAAACCCUUUAAAAAAAUUUGUGUGCUUCUCUGGUUGUUUUCUCACUACUGCCUCUGUUGAUUGAUUCUGCUGGGAUUUCAUGCCAUGCAAUGAAUCAGGCACUGAAGAGUAAGUCAUCCUUUUCCUCCUUCCUUAAUAAAGCCUUCCAGUUAUGGAGCUGUAGCUUUAUAC